AUGGAUCUUUUGAAAGCAGAAAUAGCGAAGCAGCGGGAGAAGCUUGCGACUAGUGGACUCGUAGGCGAGAACAAGUUCUUUAAACGAUCAUUGCUGAAACAAAAAGAGGAAGAGGAGUAUUUCAAAAAAUCAAAACGUAUCAAAGAACAAGCCAACUACGAUGAAGAAUAUAGUUUCAGGGCAAAGACAGAAGAAGAAGAUCUCUUAUUAAAAAAAUUCGAAGAAAGAAGUCGAGAAGAAAGGGAAAAAGGAAAGCUUAUGCCACGUAAGGAAGUUAUUCGCCUUUUAAGAGAGCGUAAUCAACCCAUACGCUUAUUUGGUGAAAGUGAUUACGAUACUUUUCAGCGACUUAAAAGAGUCCAACUUUUGGAGCCUGAAUCAAAAGGAUUACGCAAUGAUCUUAUCGCAGCUUUAGAUAAAAUAGAUGAUGCUGAGGAUGAAGAGUUUUAUACAUCUGGUCGUGGAAGGUCGGGUUCUGAGGCUCAGUUUACCGACAGUUCAUCAGUCUCUUCUACUUUGGAUGUCAAGACAAAAGAAGACACUUUGACAGAAGAUGAAUUAGAAAAAAUGAAAGUUGAUCUAGCCCGUUAUGUUACACUUAAGGAAGGCACUGCUACAGAUGAUGCAACAACUGCAGUAGUUUCCAUCAGCAAACUUGCACCAGAUAGUGUAUGUAAUAAUGAUUUUGACGAAGGGUUUCAUGAACAAGUGAUCGAACAUGUCCUUCGUUACCUAAAGUUCCUUUUAUCAAAGUGGGGUCACGCUCUAAACACUAGAACCAAAGAGGAAAAGCUAUCUUAUUCGGGGAAAAUGGCUAGUGCAACUUACACACAAACUGUAGAAUAUAUUAAACCACUCCUUCGUACUCUUCAGAAUAAUCGUUGUAAAGCAGAUAUUUUGAAUUCUCUUGUAAAAAUUAUGGUUUUGAUGAUGGACCGAAACUACUUGAAGGCUAACGAUGCGUAUUUAGAAUUAGCAAUUGGCAAUGCUCCCUGGCCACUGGGUGUCACUAACCACGGUAUCCAUUCACGUACUGCCCAAGAAAAAAUCUACGCUAAGAACGUGGCACAUGUUUUAAACGAUGAAACACAACGUAAAUAUAUUCAGGCUAUCAAAAGGCUAAUGACACAGUGUCAAAAGUUCUUCCCGUCUGACCCAUCAAAAUCUGUCAACUAUAUGGGCACUGUUGGAUAA